CCCCGACAGGACUCAGCGGUCAUGGCCGGCAGUCUGACCCACCACAGCUCCCCGAACCCCGGCUACAGCACCAACAACGCGGUCCCGGUGCCGGUCAUCACGCAGACGGAGUCCCGAGACAAAUGGAGCAAAAAGAUGGAUUUUCUCCUGUCUGUGAUUGGCUUUGCUGUGGACCUUGGGAAUGUUUGGAGGUUUCCGUACAUAUGUUAUCAAAACGGUGGCGGUGCUUUCCUUAUUCCCUACAUUUUGAUGGCCAUCUUUGGUGGUGUUCCGCUCUUCUACAUGGAGCUGGCACUGGGACAGUUUCACAGAACCGGAGCCAUAUCAAUAUGGAAACACAUCUGUCCCAUUUUCAAAGGUAUAGGAUACGCCAUCUGCAUCAUCGCUCUGUAUGUGUCCUUCUACUACAACACCAUCAUCGCCUGGGCCCUCUUCUACUUCUAUUCCUCGUUCUCCAGCAUCCUGCCUUGGACUAACUGCGACAAUGUGUGGAACACCCCCGACUGCACCAACUAUUUUGGCAUGGACAACAUCACCUGGACAAAUGCCUCCAGGUCUCCGGCAGAGGAAUUUUACACGAGGAAUGUUCUUGAGAUCCACAAGUCAUCUGGGCUGAGAGAUGUUGGUGGGGUUCGCUGGCAGCUGAUGCUUUGCCUUUUUCUCAUUUUCACCAUAGUGUACUUCAGCCUGUGGAAGGGCGUGAAGACUUCAGGGAAGGUAGUGUGGGUGACCGCCACAUUGCCCUAUAUUGUGCUUUUUAUCCUGCUCAUUCGAGGCGCCACUCUGCCAGGAGCCUGGAGAGGUGUGGUGUUUUAUCUCAAACCACAGUGGGGAAAGCUGCUGGAGACCAGUGUGUGGGUGGACGCUGCUGCUCAGAUAUUCUUUUCUCUGGGCCCAGGGUUCGGGGUCCUCUUGGCUCUUUCAAGCUACAACUCUUUCACAAACAACUGCUAUCGCGACGCCAUCGUGACCAGCUUGGUAAACUGUCUGACCAGCUUUGUGUCGGGCUUCGUCAUCUUUACGGUGCUGGGCUACAUGGCAGAGAUGAGGCAAGUGGAGGUUGAGGAUGUAGCCAGAGACAAAGGACCGAGCCUACUCUUCAUCACCUACCCAGAGGCCAUUGCAAACAUGAUGGGCUCGACCUUUUUCGCGAUCAUCUUUUUUGUGAUGAUGAUCACACUGGGACUGGACAGCACGUUUGGAGGGCUGGAGGCGAUCAUCACUGCUGUGUUGGAUGAAUAUCCAGAUCAGUUCUAUCACAGACGGGAACUUUUUGUUCUGUGCUUGGUGGUUGUCUGUUUUUUAGGCUCUCUGAGCACCCUUACCAAUGGUGGUGCCUACGUGGUGAAGCUGCUGGAGGAGUUUGGAGUUGGAAGCUCAAUUAUUGCAGUGGGUUUCCUUGAGGCUAUUGCAGUUUCCUGGUUCUAUGGAAUCCAUCGAUUUAGCAAUGACGUUCAGGCUAUGCUUGGGAAAGCCCCGGGACUGUUCUGGAAAGUGUGCUGGGUUGCUAUCAGUCCUGCGUUUCUGGCGUAUAUCAUUGUGAGCUCCCUGCUGAAAGCACCACCCCUCGCACUGUUUGAUUACAAGUACCCGGACUGGAGCAUCAUAGUCGGGUACAUCGUUGGCUUAUCAUCCUUCAUUUGGGUCCCAAUCUACAUGGUCUACAAGCUGGUGUGGACCCCUGGUUCCCUCAAACAGAGAUUGGCCGUGUGUCUGAGGCCCGAGAGGACAAUACCAGACAUCCACGCUGAGAACCUCAACAUGGCCACUGUACCAUAGAGAGAUAAACAUCUCUGUGUGCUUUUAGAUUGCCAUUAAAACCACAGUUGUAGGUUUGUUUAUGGCUGAACCUAAACAUGAUCUAACAUUAUGACUGAUUACCAGUUAAUGGUGUUGAACUCUCACUGCGUAUGUACACUCUGUAUAAAGGUAAAUGCUGCUAAAUUUUUAAUUUUGAGAGGAUUUGAGAUACUCAUAUCUCUGCCCUAUGUGUGUGUGUGUGUUUGUGUGAGAGAGAGAAACAGAAACGAUAGAGAGAGAGCGAUUCAGACCUGCGUCACCAGGAUAGUUUAGAGUUUUCUCGUUUUGCUUUCUUGUGGUUGUACAAGUUAAGUGGUAAAAUCUGUGGUCUCUUUUCAUCUUAUAAAGAUAGAUGAUGCCAAGGAACAUGGGAAUAUUUGCAUGGGAACAUUUCUAUAUUUUAUGUACGUU